AUGAAUGAUAGAAAAAUCAGAGUUUUGGUCGCAAAACCCGGACUUGACGGUCACGACCGCGGUGCAAAAGUCAUCGCCCGCGCUCUUCGUGAUGCGGGAAUGGAAGUUAUUUAUACGGGUUUACGCCAAACGCCCGAAAUGAUCGCUUCGGCGGCUUUG